UGCUAAAACCCGAACGAAACGGAGAACAAAAUAAGUCAAGGCAUCAUCUAAAUGCUACCUGAAACAAUUUGCUCGGUUCUGCAACACUGCUCCAAAAUCAAAGCAUUUCGUCAAGGGUUUUCCCUUCAUGCCGCUGUUUUUAAAACAGGCAUUCAAUCUGAUGUAUUCUUAUCCAACCAUCUUCUCAACAUGUACGCUAAGUGUGGCAAAAUUUCAUUUGCCCGGCACUUGUUCGACGAAAUGUCUGAGAGAAAUCUCGUUUCUUGGUCAGCUAUGAUUUCUGGGUAUGCCCAGUUUGGGGAUCAUCUAUUAGCUCUCAAACUCUUUUCAAAAAUGCAACUUAUGCCUAAUGACUACAUUUUUGCCAGUGCCUUAAGCGCCUGCGCGAGCCUUCAGGCUGCGGCGCUUGGGCGGGAAAUUCACGCUCAAGCGGUGAAGCUGGGGUAUGCUUCUAUCUGUUUUGUUUUCAAUUCGAUUAUGUCAAUGUACAUGAAAUGUGGUCAUUGUUGUGAUGCUUUGUUGGUUUUUGAUGAAGCGUUGGAGCCGAAUUCUGUUUCUUAUAAUGCUUUGAUUACUGGGUUUGUGGAAAACAAAGAGUAUGAGAAAGGAUUGGAAAUUUUUAAACUUAUGCACGAGAAAGGACUUGUGCCGGAUUGGUUUACGUUUGCUGGAGUGUUGGAGAGUUGCGUAAAUAUGAAUGAUUUGCGUUGGGGAAUGGUGGUGCAUUGUCAAACGUUGAAGCUUAAACUUGAUUCCACUGCUUUUGUUGGCAAUGUGAUAAUGACAAUGUACUCGAAAUUUGAUUUGAUGAAAGAAGCGGAGAAUGUCUUUAGACUGAUUGAAGAGAAAGAUGUUAUUUCGUGGAACAGCUUUAUAGCUGGUUGCUCUCACUGUAUGGAUCAUGAAAAGGGUUUAAGAGUUUUCAAAGAGAUGUCAAAUGAGUAUAUUGUGAGGCCUGAUGAGUUUACUUUUACUAGUGCUCUUGCUGCCUGUGCUGGGCUUGCUUCAAUUCGCCAUGGCAGGCAGAUCCAUGGUCAUCUAGUCAGGGCCAGGCUCAAUCAAGAUGUGGGAGUUGGUAAUGCGCUUGUGAACAUGUAUGCUAAAUGUGGUUCAAUUGGCUAUGCAUACAAGGUAUUUGACCAGAUGCUUCACCGCAAUCUUGUCUCAUGGAACACCAUCAUUACUGCAUAUGGUAAUCAUGGACUGGGAGAGAUGGCCCUAGAACUUUUUGAGCAGAUGAAAGCAUUGGGGGUGAAUCCAGAUUCAGUUACCUUCAUUGGACUUUUAAUGGCUUGCAAUCAUGCAGGGCUUGUGGAGAAGGGCGAGUUUUACUUCAGUUCUAUGGAAAGAAUCUCCAGGAUUGCCCCUGAUAUAGAGCAUUUUUCUUGUCUUAUUGAUUUGUUGGGACGAGCAGGGAAACUGCAGGAAGCCGAGGAGUACAUGAAAAAAUCUCCUUUUGGCCAAAAUCCAGUAGUUUUAGGGAGCUUGCUUUCUGCUUGUCGACUGCAUGGAGAUGUCAUCAUUGGGAAACGUUUAGCUGAGCAGCUAUUAAAACUUCAACCUGUGACUACUUCGCCUUAUGUUCUACUGUCCCACAUGUAUGCUUCAGAUGCAAUGUGGAGUGAUGUUGCGGAGGUAAGGAAGAUGUUGAAGGGUAGUGGGCUAAAGAAGGAGCCUGCCCAUAGUAUGAUUGAAGUGAAGGGAAAUUUUGAAAAAUUUACAGUAGGGAAAUUUUCUCAUGCAAGGAUUGGAGAGAUAAAGUGUAUGCUCAACAUUAUAGGUUGGGCAGCAGCUGAAGUUUCUUUAAAGGAUAUACUUAGUUGAAGAUUUUCUAAAAGCCUUUAAAUAUGCUAUUAUGUUCCUCUUAUCUCAGGAAAAUAAGUGUAGAGGAGGAGCCUUUUUUAACGCUACUCUUAGGUCCUUGUCCAAAAAUUACCAUGUCAAGUUAAAACCUUGACAAUAGUUUUAAAUUUAAUGAGAGGAUAUUCUGCACUAAACAAGAGUGAGAAAUAUUGGUUUAAUCAGAUGGCAUUUUGAGUGUUAAAUUGUGUUGGGCCUGCUGGCAUUUGCUAAAAUAUUACCAACAUUGAGGAAGCAUGAGCAUUUGAAGAAGCUGGAAAUAGAGCAUCAAGCACUUCAAAUGCUACUGCCAGAAGCUGAGAUAUUGAGUGGAAACAACAAAAGAUGCUAAGGAAUUUGGAAUCGAGAGGGACCGAGUAUAUCAGGCUGCAAUCUGAACUUAUGACUUUUACGCAACUAACCAUAAUUGGAAAAGGUGCCUUUGGAGAGGAAAUGGGUUGUAUUUCUGCAAGAUUUCCCAGCAUGUGGUAGCAUUGGGUCCAGCUCGACAACUUUUUAGGCAUUGGAAAAUUGGAAAAAUUUGAUUGCACAGAUCUUCAUUAAAUUCAUUGUGAGUAUUCACUAUUUAUCUACUAAAUGGUGGGUAGCAUGUGGAAAGCUAUAUUUAUUUAGGAUUGUAAAUGGUGGUUAACAAUGAGAGCCUUGUUUUCAUUUCUUAUAUAGAACAUAAAAACAGUGGGAGCCUUGGCCAUUCAAAUUUGAUAGUUG